GUCCAACCAAGCCUUCGACCGCCACGACCUUCUCCUCACAUCGUCGCUCAACAUGUACAACGGCAUCGGGCUUACUACUCCUCGUGGGAGCGGUACCAACGGUUAUGUUGUGCGCAACUUGUCGACCUUGCGCGUCCACCAAACCGCAGCCGACCGAGCCAGUGCAUGGGAUAUAGCGCCUCCGAAGCACAGGGAGCCAGAUGCUGCCAUUUUGGAACAUGAAAAGAAACGCAAGGUGGAAGUGAAAUGCUUGGAAUUGCAACUCGAGUUGGAGGAGAAAGGUCUCGAUGAGGAUGAAUUGAAAAACUAGUUGAUGAACUGCGUACGAAGUUGCUUGCCAACCUCAACGCGAUGGCAUCGAAUGCGAAGGGUCUGAAGCCGUCGGACACGCACGCUAUUGCCGCCGCCAAAAAGGAGGAGCUUAACAAAAUGGCACGAGCUCUGGGUACCCGUAACGACUACAUGGAGGGAGAGCCUUUGAUAGG